AUGACCAACGCCCCAGUAGUCAUAGUUGGCGCGGGCCCUUCGGGGCUGGUCUUGGCUCUGUCCCUCGCCAGACAUGGAGUAUCUUCUACCAUCUUGGAAAGGGAAACGGGUAUCACAGAGGACCCGCGUGGCGUCUUUCUGGCAGGUGAUGCCAACCGGAUACUGCAGGAUUUGGGUAGUAACAAAGUCGUCGAGGAGAUCCGGUUCCACAAGAGCAGCUUCAAGAACCCGCCCUUCAUCACAGUCGACAUCAGAAAGGAUACGCUCAAGCAGGUCGUUCCCGAUGGCGUCUUGCAGAUACAGCCCAGGCUUGAACACGCGCUGCGCACCCUCGUCAGCCGGUCUCCCUUCUGCAACCUUCGGGAAGGAUGCGAGGUCACCGGCCGCACCGAGUGCGGACGUACUAGUACCACCGUGGUGCACUACCGUGACCCCUCUGGCAGCGCAAGGGACAUCGCCUGCACCUGGCUCGUGGGUGCAGACGGUAAGAAGGGCAUUGUGCGCAAGAAAUUCCUGGAGCCCACGGCCGGCAUCCGCCAAGAGACGGGCCUCUUUGCCUACGAGGGAACCUGGAUCGCCGCCAACCUCAGGAUAAAGGGUCCCACCCCGCAGAGCCACCCGGACUUCCCCCUCUGGGCGCUGGGCUACACCCCGGAGCAGGUGUACGACCUCUUCUGGCCCCGGCACUGGCAUUUCUGCAGUCCGCCGGGCAGCCCGACCGCCUGCGGGCGCUUCGGCCCCCACGCCGACCGUAUCUGGCGCCACGAGAUUGCCGUGCCCAAUGACUGGGCCGGCGACAUGGACGCCGAAGAGAUGUUGCUGGGUCAUCUGCUGCCCAUGGUGACACGCACGCAGGACGAGAAUGGCGAGAGCUUCCCCUGCGGAGAAGUCGCGUUUCCGAGGGAGUGCAUCGAGGUGCUGCGGUGCCGCUCAUUCCGGUUCGCCCAAAAGGUCGUGAACCGGUGGUUCUUUGGCCGCACGAUCCUCACCGGCGACGCGGCCCACGUCUUUCCGCCGUUUGGCGGGCAGGGCAUCGCCUGUGGCAUCCGAGACGCGUAUGCUCUCGCGUGGCGCCUCGCGGCCCUGCUGAAGAUUGGGCAUCCGCCGGAAGGGAAGGCAGCGGAGCGCCUGCUGACGAUGUGGUCGGAGGAGCGGAGGCAGGGUGUUGACGACUCGACCAGGCUGACCAGAGUGAACGGCUUGAUGUGCAACAACGAGGAAGGAUGGCUCCAGUACGCUGUUCGGAAGGCUAUGGACUUCCUGGUGCGAUUUCAACUGUUCGGGUUCCUCAAGAUGAACUUCCAGAGCGACAGCCACGGCUACAAGCCGACCAAAAAUGGGUUCUUCUUAGAGAAGUUUGGGGGCGGUCCCAAGCUAGCUCAAGUUUACGUACAAGCGAGAGGACAAGAGCCCGUGCUGUCCGACGAGCUGCUUCGAAGGCAGACCAUCUUGACACUGCUCAUCAUUGGCAGUCACUAUGGCGACUUAGACUCCCAGGUCAAGGAAUCAUUGAGAAGAGCCAAGUUGCCGCAGGAAUUGCUAUCAGAAAAAUCGAUAGCGUACCUGAGCCCUGAUGCAUCAGCGACCACGCAGCCAGUAGCUGGAGCGGAGCCAGUCUUUCAUCUCUGCAAGGAACAAGGUCUAAGCAAUCUCAACCUCCGCCCCGGCUAUGAUGCAGGCGCUUAUAUGGAUCGAAUCGGGACACCCGCCAAGUUCGCGAUCCUCCGGCCAGACUGCAUCGUUUUUGAGGUUAUUGGGUCCGUUGCAGAACUAGAACAAUGCCUUGUCUUGCUUGGGGAGAUGAUAGAGGAUGAUGUUUGA